AUGUUAGAAAUUGAGUCUGUGGUCAGUCUCAAAUGUGUUGGAAAUGAUCGGCGGACUAUUUUAGGCAUAAAAAGUGGGCAUCUCAUUCUCUGUCCGGUGGUAUACAUUAUAGCACCUUUUGGAAGGCAUUUUCCAGGUCAUAGUCCGUUGAUAUUAGACCAACAACUAUUUAAACCGCUGGAUAUUGAAAUCACGCUUGGAAUGUUACGGAAGACGCCUUGCUGGAAUGAGUACGUCAUACCAGAGGAUGGGAAAGACUCAGUGCUACAGAAUUACUUCAAUCAUCCAAGCCAAUUUCUUCUGCAAUCACAAGAUGGAAAGGCUUAUGAACCUGGAUAUGUGAAGACCGACCCGAAAAUAGUUAAUUGUGAUGACAUUAUCGUCCUGGAUGAAGUUGAUCUGGAAAAGAAACUGGUAAUGAAAUCGGAUGCUGAUGCUGAGGAGGCUCACCUUGAGGCUGCAAGAGCAGUGUCAGGGGAUACUGCAGCAACAUCAGAGAUAGCGCCAGUUGUAAAGUCAGGUCUUUCUGAGAGUGACAUUAGUGCUGGAGGAGCAGCCCAGACCAAACACCCUGUGGCUAUCCUGCCCUUUGACGGGGUCUACCUCUUGGUGGUCCACACAGCAGCUGUUCCUGAAUCUGUGAUUGGGAAUGAUUCAUACAUCGCUGAGAUUGAUAUUGAGAUGAGGAGUGACUAUGGUUACCUCUCAGCUGUAGGUAUGUUGGAGUGAAGUUUUAUACUUGAU